AUGCCUCCAAUUUCCAAACCCAAAGCCGAGCAAAACACGAUCCAGCUGGACCUGGGGAAGGGCAGUAUUCACAAGCACCAGCUCUGUCAGGGGCCCUCUGCCCUCGCCUCGGAGGGACCGGGAGCCGGCUUGGCGGGCAGCUCCCCGGCCGCCGGGCCCCAGGUGGUGACCCCACGGGCAGCACCAGUGUUGUUUCAGGGCCUGCUGACCUUUGGGGACAUGGCUGUGCACUUCACGCAGGAAGAAGGGGCACGAGUUCCAGGAUCCAAACCAGCUCUGAUCUCCCAGCUGGAGCAAGGAAAGGAGCCCUGGGGCUCGGACCUGCUGGGGGCCCAGGAGGGAGAGACGGCGGGAGACCCCAGCACAGGUGUGACCUUGCCCUGGGAUUCACCUGCAUCCUCACCUUGGAGUGGCGAGCAGGCACCCUGCCCUGAGCUCUGCCCCCGGGAGAUUGCCCCAUCCCUGGCCAGUUGGCAUGAGGUCAUCAACACAGUGACCACCGGCCCGCUGUGGAUGAACACUUUUGCCAAAUUGAGCGUCCCUUCCCGAGUGCAAGGGGCUGCUGCUCUGCCCAUCACAGGCGCCGCGUCUGGCCCAGCAGCUGAAGCCAAGCCUACACUUGGGCAAGCUCUCAGUGGUUCCCAGCAGCAGGCCGCCGAGAAGCCGCACGCGUGCGGGAGUGUGGCCGUGCGUUCAGCCAGCGCUCACACCUGGCGCAGCACCGCAGCGCGCACGCGGCCAGAAGCCACACACCUGCGGACAGUGCGGCCGCGCGUCCACAGCGGCGAGAAGCCCUUCGGGUGCCAGUGGUGCGGGAAGCCCUUCAGUUACAGCACCCUCCUCGCCCAGCACCAGCGGAUCCACACCCGAGGGAGGCCGUUCCGGUGCGCGAGCCCCAACGCGUGGCAGGACUCUCAGCCGGCGCCUGAAGCCGCUUUCCGGGCAGGCCAGCCCUUGGAAAUCACAGGGGGGGCCCAGUGCUAA